UCACCUAUUAGUAAGUAUGAAAAAACAUGAAACUUAAGAAGAAAUUUUCUAUCUUAUAUAGAGUCUAAUACGUAUUCAACUAUUGAAGAAUUUACUUCAUUAACAUCUCUAUUUGAUCUAUUUGAUGAUUUAUCUAAUGCUGGCUCAUGUAUUCGUUUGAUUUUUACUGAUUGUUUAUUCAAUAUGGAAUUAUAUGAAAAAUUCAAUGCCCAAUCAUCAAUUGAUGAUCUUUCAAAUAUCUCAUAUGAUGUUUAUUUACAGCAAUUAAACGAAAUACCUAGUCUGCUUAUGCCAAUAUCCCUACGCAAGGAUAAUUCAUCAGUUUAUUUCCAUAUUAAAAAAGCGACAUGUCUUCUUGAUGAAAUACUUUUUUGGUUGGUUAAAUAUCAAAUUCCUGAACGAUUAUUAAAAUUUUUACUCAUAUUAUUAACUGAUUUGAACUUUAAAAGUUUAUGUAUUCGAUCAUUUCUUAAUAUCUAUGGUAUGGUAAUUGAUCGAUUAAUCCAUUGUCGAAAUUCUCGUGAAAGAAUGAAUAGUUCUCAAUAUGUACAUAUUAGUGUACAAUUAUUUUCUAAUAUCGAUAUAACAGUUCAAGCUAUAAAAGAUUAUCAUUUGAUAGAACUAAUACUUUCAUCUCUAUAUUCAAUAUUUUCUAAUAUACAAAUCAAUUGUCAAUUACAAAAAUCAAAAGAAAAUUAUCAUUUAGUAAUAUAUGAAAUUGAUUUUUCAAAAAACAUGCAUUAUUGGCCCAUUAUUUCGGAUUUUAUUAAUAUAUUAUCACAUGAAUAUGCGAGUAGAGAAUUCUUAUUAGAGAAAAGAUUUUUUAUAACUUGGAUUAAAAUGAUUAGUUGGUUUCAAGGUAUGAAUGUUAAUCAGCAUGAAAUUGAAUCAGAAAUCUUAUUACAAUCAAAUACAAAUUAUCUAUUUGCUUUUACAAUGGAAACUGAAUGUUGUGCUAUGGUUUUAUGGACAAUUAUUACUCAUAUUAUGAAACCAGAUUUUCUGGAUAUUACUAUGAAAGCAAUUAAUUAUCUAUUUCUUGAAGUUAAACAAUGGUUUUCAUCAAUUGGAUUUGAACAAUAUAAAGAUAUUAUGAAAAAUCAAGUAACAUUUCAUAUACCUUUACAUCGUUAUAUAUCUAUUUUAACUUAUGUUUCACUUAAUUAUCAAAAUGGUGAAUUAAGAACUUUAUUUCCAAUUGAAAAUGAAAUAUUUUUACUUAAUCUUGCUAUAUUUCCAUUACGAAUUCAAGUUGUUAAAUAUGAAAUUCUAACAAAUAUACUAUGGUCAUAUCAUAACUAUGAAAUGCAAAUACAAUCUGAUAUAUAUUCUAGUACUCGUGGAAAUAUCUGUUCAUAUAUGAAUGAUGCAGAUAUUUUUCUAUUACAAUUGAUAUCGACUUUAGUGAAUGUUAAUACAUUCAUGAAAAUGUUUUUUAAAAGUUUUUAUGUACAUGAAUGGCUUGUUCAAAAUACAGCAAAUAAUCUAAUUUUUGAAAAAUCAAGUUAUGUAACUCUACUUGAAGGUAGUCUGAUAGUUUUAGCUACUAUCGUUGCAUUUUCACCACAUCUUGCAUUAGAUGAUUUUGAACGUCGUCGAGCUGAAAUAAUUAAUGCAUUAGCAAUACAAGAUUGUCAUUAUUCUUAUUUAGAUGAACAUAUAGGUGAACCAAAAGGUUUUGCUAUAUCUAAACAUGACAUACAAUCAAUUGUCGACGAUAUUGCUGAAUAUAUAUCACCAACAAUUGAUAUAACAAAUCAACCAAAACAAGGACGAUAUAAAUUAAAAGAUUUUUUAUGGGAAGACGAAUUUGAUCCAUUACAUGUUCUAUCAAGAAUAAAUCGAAGAGAUUUAUUUGAAACAACAAUGCAACGAUAUACUAAAUGGGUAAUAUCAAUGAAUAAAUUUUCAUAUGAGAAAAAUCUUUGGCCACCAUAUCGAUUGUAUAAACCAAAAGAUCAAUUUCAAACAAAUCUAAGAUGUAUUCUUCAAAGUCGAUAUUUACAUGGAGUUUUCUUUUCUAUUUGUCAUUGGAUGUUGAAUGAAACAAUUAUUCAUGAAAGUAUUUUAUCAUUGUUAGUUUAUCUAUGUGAAUUAGCUAUUGAUGAUCAAAUUCGUCGAUUGAAAUAUGGUGAAUUUCUUAAUGGUUAUGCUCCAUCAACUAUUGAACCACCUCAAUGUCAGAAUAAUUCAGAAAUUGAUCAGUCAAUUUCAUUAGAAACACUGACAUCGUUAGAAGAUGAAAAUAUUGAUGAAUAUCAACAACAAGAACAACCAAUUGAAAUGUCUGAAACAGAAUCAAAUUCAUUUAGAGUUAAUAUUGAUGAAGAUGAUAAGAAUGUUCAUACAAUCAAUAUAAAAGAACCAUCAAAUCUAAUUCAUGUAUCAAAUAGUAAUUCAAAAAUAAAUUCAUGUCGAAAAAAUGAUAAACGAGAAUAUUUAAAUGAAAUUGAACAAUGUUAUAGUCGUUGUGCAACCAAAUUUAAUCAAAUUUCUGAAUAUGAACAACAAAUUCAAAAACAAUGGGAUGAACUUAUUAAGACAAAAGAUUCAUCUUUACAUAAUCAAAUAUCUCAUUCAAUACCAUUUUAUGAUCUUGAAAAUCAAUUUAUUAGAUCAGAUUCUUUAAUAUCACAACAUUGUCAAAAUAAUUACGAUAAAGAAGAACAAGAGAAUACUCAUCCACGAAUAGAAAACAAAAAAGAGAAAACAGAAGGAAUUAUCGAUGGAAAAUAUGAGACAUUUUAUGAACAAGAUAAUUUACUUAUAAAUGCUCAUACUAUCAUUGAAAAAAUUUCUUUUGAACAAGUUAUACUUGAUAUUGAAAAUGACACCAUUAAAUCUAUAUUCAAAGAAGAAUCAAAUAAAGAAAAAAGUUGUACAAAUAUUCAACUUGAUCAACCAUCAAUAAACUUUAGUACAGUUUCAAUACAAACAAAUUCUAAAUAUAUAACUGAAACGAAAUAUAUCAAUAUGUCUUUAAUACAAAUGCUUGUUCAUCUGCUAUCUAAAAUAGUAUUAAAUAUAAAUGAUAUGAAUAAUAAUAAAACUUCAUUGAGUCAUUUACUUGAUAAAGCUCGUAUGAAAAAAGGAUCUGAAAGUAUUGGUAAUGGUACUGUUUAUCUUGCUCGUCUUCUGGUUAAACUUGAACGAUUAUGUGAUGAAUGUAAAAUACAAAUAAGUGAAACAGUUAAUCAAUUAGAUCACAAUCAAACAAAUAAUAAUAUAGAUAGUAUUAACAAAAAAACUAAGGCUAAAGCAAUGCAACAAAAGAUAUUUGAAGAUAUAGCUAAAAAACAACGAAAACUUUUAACAGCAUCAAAUGAUGAACAUCAAGAAGAAAUUCUAACAAGUGAUGAUAAAGACAAUAACGUCGAAUGUUGUAUUUGUCAAAGUAAAGAUGAUCAAAAUUUACUUGGACUAGUUGUAAGACUAAUUGACACUGGCGUUCUUGGAAUUCGAGAAGUCAGCAAUAUUUCGGAUAGUUAUCUGCCAUUAUCUAUUGAUAACUCUAAUAACGUUGAAUCUUCGUUAAAAGAUCUUUUAACUUGCUGUCAUUUCUCUAAUAAACCAAGUGAUAAACAGCAAUCAUUUGCAAUCGAAAAAUCUGGAACUAUUUAUCAGAAAUAUAAACAUAAAAAUGACUUAACAUGUGCUCAAUUUUAUGAAGAUAAAAUACAUGCUAUGCUUCAAAUUUUUUCAGAAGAAAGUGUGUUAAAAUCUAUUACAAUCAGUUGGAGAACCGGUGUAAUUAUUAAUUCUUGUGGUCAUUCAAUACAUUUAUCAUGUUAUGAACAAUAUUUAAAAUCUCAUAUUAAAAAAAUCAAUUCAAAAAUCGAUCUAUAUAAUGAAUUUAAAUGUCCAAUGUGUCGUCAAAUAUCAAAUGCACUUAUUUAUACUCCAAUAAUUAGUAAACAAAAUGAAUUAAAUGAAAAUUUAAUUGAUUCAAUUACUAAUCUCAUUGAAAAAAAUGUUAAACCUUGUAUUUCUCCUUCAAUAGCUGAAUGGUUAAUAAAUUUUAUCCAAAAAAUGUAUAUGAUGACUAAUAAAAACCAACGAACAAUUGAUAAACAUAAGAAAGAACUAAAUAAUGAUAUUAUUGAAUUAUUUAUUGUUUCCAUACUUAGAUUUAAUCUAGAGAAUGAUUUACUCAUUCGAGAUACAGAACAUAUUGAUACGACAAUAAUCAAUCGAAAAUCAUGCUUUCGUGAAUUGUUCUAUAUCUGUAGUUUACAAUAUCCAUAUCUAUUGAAUGAUUCACAUAUUUCACUUUGGCGUCGAAUUACUGGUCUAAUGGAUAUGAAGUUAGAAAAUGAUGAUCAUGACACAACAACAAUUAUUUAUAAGCGAACUGUUCCAUUGUUACUCUCCGAUCCAGUUGCUUUACUUCUUCGAAUCAUGCUUAGUUUAUCUUAUUCAAUUACAAAAGAAUUUUACCGAAUCAUUGUACAAGCUAUAUUAAAUCUUGCUUAUAUUCAAGCAUUAUUUACCAUUGUUAGUGAAAUGAAUACAAUCGAACAAGAAAUAUGGAAUAAUAUUCAAACGAAUAAAUCUGAACAUAAUAUGGUGAAAUAUCUUCGUAUUAUAUCGUUUAAAUUAUUGCAAGCUAAUUUUAACUCAAACACUGAUGACUCAAAAGUUUGGUCUCUAGAAUCAAUUAAUGCAUCAAUUCAUGAACGAUGUGGAAAUUUCAUCAAAGUAGCUGCUCUUAUACAACAUCAUCUUUAUCAACCGAUAACAUGGUGGUUUCCGGGUCGCCAAUUUCAAUUUGACGUUUUAUGGAAAAACUUGAUUCGAGAAUUACAAUUGUACGAUGUUGGUGAACCAUAUUGGUUUUGUAAUGAUUCAUUAUCACUUAUUGUUAAUUGGUUAGAUGAAGUAUUUCUAAUAGAUAAACAACAUUCAAUAUUUGUUCGUCAUAUUGCUCGUGCAAUACCUUUGUUUGAUCCACCACGUUUUAUUGAUUUACCUGGAUGUUAUUCAGAUUUAUUUCAAUCAUGUAAUCGUCUUCAUUGUUCUUAUUGUCGAACAUUAAUUACUGAACCUAUUUUAUGUUUAAUCUGUGGAAUUGUUUAUUCACACGAAGGUUCUGAAACAAAAUGUUGUAAUCAACAAACACAUUCUAUCAAUGAGCAUUUAAUUUCAUGUAAUAAUGGUUUACAUAUAUCAAUAAAUAUUAAUUCUACAAAAACAUUAAUUCAACGAAAACAACGUUAUACUUAUUGGGCAUCACUUUAUCUUGAUAAACAUGGUGAAGAAGACAGUAAUCUUAGGUUAUUUUU